GUAAUCCUUGUAAAUCUUGUAUCGAUUUCGUUUUAACAAAUAGCCACUGGUCUUAUUUUUUGACAGCAACGCUGACAAAUAAAUCAUGUCCCUGUGAUGCGCAGCAAUUUGUCGCAAAAUAAAGAGUUUUUAUUAAAAUUCCACACAGGAUUACCGCAUGAAGAAGUACAGCCAAUGAGUUUAAAAACAAACCAAUCGUUAUUGUUAGAUCUAUAAAAGUGUGUACUCCGUUAUAAUAAUAGGAUUAUAUGAUCGGAAAUCAGUGCAAAACAAAUUGGACAACUAAAAUCGACAUGUAUGCGCAGUGUAACCGGUGUAUCAUACAAUGAAUUUCCGAUGACAGUUGCAAAGAAUCACAAAAGAUAUUGAAAAUCACAUGUUAAUGUGUAUAAUUGAUUGAUUGGCGGAUAUCUCAGAGAUGCCUGAUACCCAAGUUUAAGUCUUAUUCCAGACGUUGUCGCAGAAUGCCGACGGACGCACCAUGGCAGAUGAUGACGCAGGUUGUGAGGAGCCGACCGUUUUUAUUGUGUAUACUUAUUUUCCUGGUUGUCUUUUUGUUGACACAUUUUGUGACGCCAUUAGGUGGCGUAGGGUUCGUCAUUGCCAAGUUUCCGGCAGCUAACAGCCGUUCGUAUGGCAACAAGUCUGCAGAACAGAAGUUGUAUGUUGACUCACUUUCACCCAUGGAAAAUUUCAUGGAUAUUUCAUCCAAUGAAAAGCGAAAUAAUGUUAGGAAAAUUCAAACGAAUACUUUAACUAAUGAAUAUGAAACGAAUACGUGCCGAGAAAAGAAGUUCCAUGUCAGUUUUCUUAAAGUGCACAAGGCCGGAAGUACAACGCUGAUGAAUAUAUUCUUGCGCUUUGCUAUUGAAAAUAAACUUAAUAUAGUUCUUCCUAGAAAAUCCUCUGGAUACGGGUUUAAUUAUUUAGGUUAUGGAAAGACUGUCUUUAAAGAAAAUAUAGUUCCGAUACCAGCAAACGAGACGUACAAUAUCCUGUGUAAUCACGUGGUUUAUAACCGAAAAGCGUUCCAUUCUAUAAUGCCAAAUGAUACAUUUUACAUUGGAAUAAUCCGAGAACCAGUGAGCCAUUUUAUUUCAGCUGCAUCUUAUUAUGGUUUCUACAAACAUUUACGAGAUUCGCCUCUGGGUAAAAUUUAUAACGAAAAGGUUGUGAGUGAAUUUUUGAAGAAUCCUUCAAGAACAAAAAUUCAAACGUAUUUCAUGUACAAUCGGAUGAGCUACGAUUUCGGCAUACCAAAAGAGAAAUUCCAUGACGUCACGUAUGUUAACAGCUACAUCGAUGAGCUAAAAAGAGAUUAUUCCUUAGUUUUAGUGUUAGAAUAUUUUCAGGAAUCAUUAGUUCUUAUGAAACGGAUACUAUGCUGGGACACCAAAGAUAUCUUAUAUGUCCCGUUGAACGCAAUGGGAAAUAAACCUGAUUUUAAUUUAGAUGACAAUGAUAUUAAAAACCUCAGGAAAUGGAAUAGUGCGGAUUUUAAAUUAUACGAAAGUUUUAGUUCAGUAUUUAAUGCUAAGGUUGAAUCUCAUGGGGAAGAUUUUAAAGCAGAAGUUGUGAGUUUUAAACAGAUUCAAAUACAAGUGAAAACGUUCUGCUUUAAGUCAAUGAGACAGGGCAAAUCUGAGUCUGUUUUAACAAUACCUAAAACCAACUGGGGUGAAAGUUUUACGGUAACACUUAACGACUGCAGACUAAUGAUGGAGCCUGAACUACACAUGAUGAAACGAUUGAUAGAAAAUGCAUGGUCUAAAUAUAAUAAAACAAUUGUUACAAAAAAAGUAAUAGCAACUGAAGCAGAAGACGCUAAUAAAUGAGAUUAUAGCAAGAACACCGGAAGUUGCUAAUACAUUGAGAUUAUAGCAAGAACACCAGAAGUUGCUAAUAAAUUGAGAUUCGUAAAAUGCUUAUAAAUUGAGCUUAUAGCAAGAAUACCGGAAGUUGUUGAUAACUUGAGAUUUUAGAACUUCGCGGAAACGUUCAAGAUGAAAAUGGAGCAGAAGUGUUGUAGACAAAGAUCGACAACUCUGUGAAGAGCCUGAAGUAUCGACCCGACAACUGAGUAGAUAUUGAUGUGUAAGGGAAAAGGAACGACAGUCCUUGAUGGAGUCUGCUUGUUUGAAAGGGUACCAGUUUUUAUAUUGUGACAGGAUAUUAUAUGCGGCAAAAGAUGAAGGGAGAAGUUGUUAAAAAGUGGCAUAUUAAGUUUUGGAGGCCAGUGUGAAUGCGAUCAAGUUCGACAACUCAUGAUAGAACUAAAAUUUACGCUCAAUUAGAUCUUCCAUCUGAUUGGUUUGGUUUAGGUAAUGUUUUAGUAUCGACCAAUAGAAUGCGUCGUUAUGUAGCGAUCUCAAAAAGAUCAGUAUUAUGUAUCGAAGAGAUUACAACAUUUUUAUAUAUGACACUUGAAAGCUGAUUACCAACUUUUUUAACAAUUUUGCAAGGCCAGUAGGUUUCCUGAUAUUUUAAUCUAUAGUCUUUAUAGUUAGAUAAGUUUUUUUUUUAAUUUUUAAAGCAGCAUGCCACCAUAUUCAUGCUAAUUUUCAUGAAAAUUUUGAAAAUGAAAUUAAAAGUAAAAUAAUGUGAAGUGAACAAAGAAAGUAAUUUUCACACUGCUAAAGACACUUGUAACAAUUUACACAAAAUACCAAAAAGGCGGUCAAAAUAUGCCAAACAAAUAGGCCGUACUGCAUAAGACACACAAUGGAAUACUAACGCAGUGGUUCUCUGAUAAAAACUGCAAAAAUUAGCCAUUAAUCGCACUACUUUAAAUUAUUACUUGAAUUUUGAAUCCUUUUAUUUUCCUUAAAAUAUUAGUACAUUUUCUUGAAAUAUUUUGGCACAUCUGAAGGCAUGCAGCUUUAAAAGGCUUUUCAAAUUUUAGUUAGUGAUCUUGAUGGUAAUUAUUUCGCUGUUAUUUAAUUUUGUCUUUUUAUACUGGCAAAACUAGUUCAUUUUUUUUGUACAAAAUGUACUUCGAUUUAAAAACUGAGAUUUUAAAUGCCAAGAUGGUACACAUAUUUAAAACCGGGUAUCAAUUAUGUAUAUAGGGAACCAGUGUAGACUUUAUGAUUUUAUUUGAAAAGUAGUCAAGUUGGUCAAUUUGUUUAUUUUUUCUUCGUUUUUUAUUUUUACCGUUGUUUUAUUUUCUUUAAUAUCAAGUUAUACUUGUAAAGUCUCUAGUCGGAGUAUUAUUUGAAUUAAUUUGUCUACGUAGUUAAUAUUAUGUGACGUAGGUUAUAAUAUGUGACGUAGUUAAAGAUAUGUGUCGAAAUUAGUUUAACUAUAAGAGUUACUUAACCUUUAAUAAUUUUUCGCCGCCAUUUCUUUAUAAACCAACGAUCGUCCACCAAUGUAUGCAGUAUGCAUUUGUUGCCCUAUCUGAAUAUUUAUGUGACGAGAAAUGGUCAUAUACAUUGUGUAUGUAAUUGCGCAUUCAUCAUUUUAUGUUAGCCGUAAUUUAGAUAUAUUUUCUCCAUGUUGAAAUUAUCAUUUAUAGUGGAAACAACGCUGUAAACUCAUAUAUACAUUCUAGGUUACAAUUUAUCAUGUUUCACAAAUGUGUAAAAGUGACUUAUUCAUAAACGGUAAAGGAAAUGGUGUCAAGGAUUACUUAGCGCAUGCAUUUCCGGAAGUUAUUGAAAUACACGCGUUCAUAAUAACAGCAGUAAUAGCACAGUCAUUGUUGCUAUUAUUUACGUUCAUUUUUUUAUUGAGAUAAUUAAAUUUGUGUAAUAGAAAAUUGAAUUUGUGUAGUAAAAUUGUAUUUAUUCGUGUUCAUUCGUAUCGAAAUGUUUUAUUGUUUUUACUCCAUGUCUACAGAUAUUGAAAGUGAUAAAUUUAUUUCAAUAUAAUAAAAAUAAAUCAUCUGACCGGAAGUGGAGAUUAUAAUUUAAAAUAAAGUAAUAAUUUUGAGGACAUGCAACGGAGAAUUUUAAGAUUAUAGAAUUUACAUACAAAAAAGGAGUACCAAUUAUAAGGGUUUUCAUCCAUUUUGAGUUCGAAAAAAAAUCGUUCAACUUCAAUAAUUUCUUCUUCUAAAAUAUAAACAUGUGGUUUGUCACUUUCCGUAACGAUGUAACGAAAUUAGACUAGUGUCACGAACUUAGAUUUGAGUCGCAUCACGACAAAAGCAACAUAAUGGGUUUGCGACCAGCAUGGAUCCAGACCAGCCUGCGCAUCCGCGCAGUCUGAUCAGGAUCUAUGAUGUUCGCUUACAGACCCUAUAACAAGUAAAGAAACUGAUAGCGAACAGCAUGGAUCCUGAU